AUGGCACUCAAGGCCCGGAUUGAAAAUGGCAUCGUCUAUUCCCCGUACCCUUCGGAGUCCUCACCAGAAAUAUCCCUUUACCAGGCGAUGAAACAGUCACUCGAACAACAUGGCAACCGAACUGCUCUGGUAUGGAACGAUGAAACGAUUACCUUUACCCAGCUGCUCAGGAUGUUACAGUGCUAUGCCGCUGGGUUUCAAGGUUACGGUGUUUCUAAAGGCGAUAAGGUACUAGUGCAUCUGGAUAAUUCCCUGGAAAACGUGAUCGCCAUGUUAAGCAUUAUAUUUGCUGGAGGAGUUGCUGUGAUGUCCUAUCCGAUGUUGUCAAAUGAUGAUAUUUAUUACAGAAUAAAACACAGUAAAUCCACACACAUUCUCACGGCAGGAAAUGAAGCUACACGAUUCAACGACAUGCGUAGCCAAGUGGACAUAAAGGGAUUUUUUACUGUAGGGAAUGCCCCUGGAUUUGUUUCAGUGACUGAAUUUCAGAGUAUUAAUGAAAACUCAUACCAGGAAUCUCCGGUGGAGGACGCGAAGAACGAAUUGGCUGCGUUGAUUUACACGUCCGGAACAACCGGUCACCCGAAGGCGGUUGAAUUUACGCACUUUAGCAUUGUUUCGAGUUUACCUCUAUCCAGCCCAUAUUCCACCAUAUGGGCGAUGAAUCUUGAAAACCGCUCGGAAGCAUCUAAUUGCUAG